UAAGCCCAAGAUGGAUGCGACGUCGUAGAAACUUUAUAUUGCGAGGUUGGGGCAUUAGGGUUUCGGCAACUCCAGAAACCAACGAAGUGCGGCUAGCUCACAGACCCUUGCAGCCAUGGUUCUCAAGACAGAGCUUUGCCGCUUUAGUGGUGCCAAGAUAUACCCUGGAAAGGGCAUUAGAUUCAUUCGAUCAGAUUCCCAGGUUUUCCUCUUUGCUAACUCAAAAUGCAAGAGGUACUUCCACAAUCGCCUGAGGCCCGCGAAGCUUACUUGGACUGCGAUGUACAGGAAGCAACAUAAGAAGGACAUUGCUGCUGAAGCUGUGAAGAAGAGGCGCCGAACAACCAAGAAGCCUUACUCAAGGUCUAUUGUCGGUGCAACAUUAGAAGUUAUUCAGAAGAGAAGAGCUGAGAAACCAGAGGUCCGUGAUGCUGCACGUGAAGCUGCUUUACGUGAAAUCAAGGAGAGAAUCAAGAAAACCAAGGAUGAGAAGAAGGCCAAGAAGGCAGAAGUGAUGUCCAAGCAGAAGGGUUCCGCCAAGAGCAACGUACCCAAGGGCGCUGCACCGAAGGGUCCUAAGAUUGGAGGUGGUGGUGGAAAGCGUUAAAUCUUUUGCAGAUCUUGAGUCACAUUUUUAAUUCUAUAUGGAACAUAUUGAUGCAGACAUGGUUCUAUUCCAUUACUUAUUGAAUCGUUUUGGUUGCCGACAUGCAAUUGUUGUUUGUUUGAGCAUUAUUAGCUUGUAAGGCUAUAGACUUGGUUUUAAUUAGAAUAGCAUACCCCUCUCACUUUUGGUCU